AUGAUUUCAGAUCUUGCCGAAUUUGAAGCCCGUAUUGCCCCAGUUGUCGUCGCUGUCGGUGCCGGAGUUGCCGCUAACGUCAUCGCCCCAAUCCUAAACCAGGGCAUCGGUGCUAUUGGAGAUGCCCUUGGCGGUCUCUUUGGAAAGCGUGACCUGGAUCUUGCUGAAUUCGAAGCCCGUAUUGCUCCAGUUGUCGUCGCCGUCGGUGCCGGUGUAGCUACCCAGCUCAUUUCCCCACUCGUCAACCAGGGAAUCGGUGCUAUUGGAGAUGCCCUUGGCGGUCUCUUUGGAAAGCGCGACUUGGAUCUUGCCGAAUUUGAAGCUCGUAUUGCCCCAGUUGUCGUCGCUGUCGGUGCCGGAGUUGCCGCUAACGUCAUCGCCCCAAUCCUAAACCAGGGCAUCGGUGCUAUUGGAGAUGCCCUUGGCGGUCUCUUUGGAAAGCGUGACCUGGAUCUUGCUGAAUUCGAAGCUCGUAUUGCUCCAGUUGUCGUCGCCGUCGGUGCCGGUGUAGCUACCCAGCUCAUUUCCCCACUCGUCAACCAGGGAAUCGGUGCUAUUGGAGAUGCCCUUGGCGGUCUCUUUGGAAAGCGCGACUUGGAUCUUGCCGAAUUUGAAGCUCGUAUUGCCCCAGUUGUCGUCGCUGUCGGUGCCGGAGUUGCCGCUAACGUCAUCGCCCCAAUCCUAAACCAGGGAAUUGGUGCUAUUGGAGAUGCCCUUGGCGGUCUCUUUGGAAAGCGCGACUUGGCCACCGCUGAGGCCAAGCUCCGUGGCAUCUGGUCUGACAUCCUUAAUGUUAUCGGACAAGUUGCCCCAGUCGUUAUCCAAACCAUCCCAACCAUCAUUUCCGCUGUCGGCAAACGCGAUCUCGCACAAGCCCGUGAUGCUUGGACCGACCUUCUCGGAAACCUCGGAAACAUGGGAAUCGGCCUCCUCGGACAGACUGUAGCCACUGGUCUCGGCGAACUCCAGAACCUCCUCAACCAGGGAGUUGGAGACCUCGCUGGAAAGCGUGAAGUCCGUGAUGCAUGGACCGACCUCCUCUCCAACCUCGGAAACAUGGGAAUCGGCCUCCUCGGACAAACCGUCCAGACUGGUCUCGGUGAACUCCAGAACCUCCUCAACCAGGGAGUUGGAAACCUCGGAAAGCGUGAUCUUACCAACACCAUUACCACUGCCCUUCAACCACACAUUGACAACGCCGUCGCUAUUGCCGGUCAGGUUGGAAACACCAUCCAGGGCCACGUGAACAACCUGUGGAACACCGUCCAGUCCAUCGGUCAGCUCCCUGACAAGCUCCAGACCCACGUUGAUACCAUCACCGGACACGUACAGAACAUCAUCGGACACGGAACCAACGCCGUCUCCUCCAUCCAGGAUGUCGUCACUGACAUUCUCAACCAGACCUUUCAGAACAUCGGCUCCAACGUGCAAGGAAUCGUCUCAACCGGAGGUGACGCCGUCAACACUGCCAUCAACCACGUCUCCGGAGGCGGAAACUAAGAAUAAUUCAUCCGUUGACGUGUACUG